CGCUAAAAAAAAAAGAAAUCAUUCGUGAUUAAGUAAAACACAUUUCAUUUCCUGGAUACGCUAACAUUUUCAUAGAAACGAAAAGUUCGUGUAUAAUGUUUUGCUUGACGAUACAAUGCACUUUAUACGAACGCGAGGAGAAUAAGAAUGAAGAGGGGCAUGCGCAGAGAUACAUGCAUCAUUAAAGCCUGAACGAUUCUAAGAGAAGGGGGGGGGGAGAGAGAAACAUUGAGUGAAAUGACGAGAGAAUGAUAGAAAAUUUUCAGUCGAGUCCGAACAAGCGGAGAAAAGUGUUCGCUGAGCCGUUUUCUGUCGUUGUAUCGAAAACACGCUUAGCAACUGUAUUUCCGAGAAACGAUCGCCGAACGAAUGUUUGUGAAACGGUACAUAUUGUGACAAAGAUUCAGACAGUUCAGAACUACAGUUUGCAAUUAAUGAACUUUCAAACCGUAACCAGUAUACGAGAAUUUGUGCUCAAACAGUGUCUCAGGUAUAGCAGAGUAUAAUGGAUCGAAAAUAGAGACUGCACGUAUAUCUGUGUAAUUAAAGAGAAACAAGAAACCGAGGACACAUUGAGAAAUAGAAAAUGAAGGAAACAAAAGUCAUCGCAAGCUUGCUUUUUCUCUCGGUAAUAUGGGGAGUAAGAAGUGCUUUCAAUAACAACGCCACCAGAAUCGAUGAAAUGAGAUACAAACUCUUUCAACUCGAGUAUACGUUGGAAAGAAAUUUAUCGGAGGCAGGGUUAAGCGUUAUAGGAUUCGAAGACGAUAAAUAUCUGAACCUUAUAAAGACUUUCAAGGCCUUCGGAAACGAACUAGAACAGAAGUUUCCAAGCGGUGGUUACGAAUAUUUAAAUUCGUUGAAUUCCGUGUGGCUAUGGGCCCGAACAGAGAACGAGCUAAAAAGCAUCGACGGACUGUAUAACGUUUUUAGGCAAAUGCAACGUGAAAUUAUCGACGAGAAUGUGUACCUUGAUCUAGAGAAACUAGCAGAUUUUUCGAAAACUAUUUUGCACGAUCCAAAUGCAUCCAUAAUAAAUGCGUUAACGCGUAUAGCUGAAUUCAUAAUAUAUGAUAAAUUGUUUAUGGUUUCAUAUCAGGAUGCAUCCUCACAAAUUUGCAGUGAACAGCAAUCGCUGCAACAAUUACUCUACAAUCUAUAUAGCACGAUUACCCUUACAGAAAUUAAAGGCUACAGUAUGAUACACUUCUCUUACAUGUUGCUACGACUCUACAAUCCAGGUUCUAACUUCAGCGAAGAAAUAGAUUUAGUAACGCAACAAUAUACAACAAGAACAUUGGAAACCGUAAGAGCAGUGAAAACUGCUAUGGCUUUUGCUCCUAGAGAUCUUUGGAAAUGUGAUGCUGGAGUUCAAAAAUUAGAUAAAACAUAUACACAAAUGACAAAACUGUUCCAAGGGUAUAUUGUAAACGAAGUAGAUUUGAAUAGGCAAUCAUCUUGUAAAGAAAAUUGUGCAUAUUAUUCAUACACAAAAGUGCAAGGAUGCUAUAAAAAUCAAUUCUGUUCUCGGCAGCAACAAUGCAAUGGCAAAGUAUUAAAUUGUGAAUACAUAGAUUCGGACAUGUGGAUUUGUCCUUCGCCCUCAAACAGUAGCCGAAGAUAUGAACAUAUAGAAUAUGAAAACGGUCGCGUAUUUGGACAAAAGAGCACAUGUGAAGCUGGAACUACUAAAGUCGAUAGCUGGUGGCGUUGGUUGUUCUGGCAUUGCAGUUAUUGUUUCUGCUAUUGCGAUGAUAAUACCACGAAAUCUGAUCGUUACUUCAGUUUGCAAAAAGUCACGUCUGACGUCGCGAAUAACAAGGUUAUAACAGGCGUUGCGUUAAAGAAAGUAAAUCAAAUAAUACACAUACAAAUACAAGAAGGUAAUCUAAUGCCACGUGGAUAUAUCAAUGAGACAACUAUCGCCUGGAAACCGAUCGACGCCUUCCACAUAUUAGACAAGGAUGUAAAGAGUAACAUUGAUUACCAUACUUUAGCAUGGGAAAAAAGAGGUUUAGACUUAGAUGAUUUGGUGCCAGCUCAAGAUCACCUACUAACAGGUAUCAGAUUUCGAACAAUCGGAUCCCGCUUGAAUUUAGAAAUAAUGGCGACGCCAUUCAAUUUCACAACAGGAAAACUAAUACAACCGUUAGAAAAGAGUUUCUGGCUGAGUAAUGAUAAUACAGCAAGAACUGAAUUGAAAUUAGAACAACCCGAUAUUCCGAUUCGAUAUCCUACACCUUCAUUACCAGACUCAGGGAAAAAUCAAUAUUUGAAUUUUGCGCCAAGCGAUCGUGUAUAUGAUGCUGCACAAAACACAAUACCGUUCCUCGAUAUUCAACCAGUGGUACCAAAUCCACCAGUGCCACUCGCGGGUGCCGGAAUUUUCCAUAAAGGUAGAAUAGCAUCUGGAGGAUUCGUGGCGUUGAAACUAAUCACAUAUGAUUUUAAUUCGCAUUUACAAGUUGAUUUGCCACCCGCGCAACCGAUUAUUAAUACUCCAAUAAUACUAAAUGAAAUAAAAUCAGUAUAAAUUUAGUCAUAUAAAUGUAAUGUUAAUAAUUUACGAUUCUUAGAUAUUUUUUUACUAUGUAUACAUUAUUUCUACUUUCAUAUAUUCCUCAUUGUUCUUAUGUUUAAUGAUAUCAUUUGUAUUCGAUUUUCAUACGCGUCUGUAAAAUUUGUGAAACGAAUAACAAAAUGUACGGAUAUCAAUUCUAUUUUUAUGUAGUCAUUCAUCAAAUAAUUU